AUGGUGUCUACUUCUAUUCCUAUGGAGAUGGUUAUAGGAUGUUCCCCUCCUGUAUCCGCUUCUCCUACAUCCGAACCAUUCAUGAGUGUGUUUACCCCAGAAUCUGACCAACCUCAAUCUAAGAGAACAAGACUUGAUGUGAGGCAAUCUGAGCUAAUCGCAAGUUUGGUUAGCGGUCUUCCUACCCCUCCUGUCACUACUACUACUACUAGACUCACCACUACCAAGAUGUUCCCUACUGGUCCAAGUUCAGAAUUUCAUGUUGCUGGUCCCUCUGCACCACCCGGUUUCUCAGUUCCUAGAUAUAAUCGGGAUGCUGCUUCUGAAAGGCAGGCACUGCACAUGGCAGAAGAACAACUUCUAUCGCCAGGCCCUCGAGGAAAAGGUGUCUCUAUUGAUGAAGGUGGUGCUAGGGGUGACAAUCUCACUCUUCCUGGUUUGUAG